AUUCCAAUUUCUCGACGUACCAACGCAUGUGGUCCUUCAUGGACUCGGCGAAGCCGUCGGUAUUUACGGGGAGCAACGGUGAGGGUGUGGAUCGAGUGAUCUCAGGAAAAGGCAGCUAUGCAUUCCUGAUGGAAUCCACCUCCAUCGAAUACGUAAUCGAAAGGAAGUGCGACCUUACUCAAGUCGGCGGUCUCUUGGACUCUAAGGGAUACGGCAUAGCCAUGCCGCCAAAUUCGCCAUAUAGAACAGCCAUAAGCGAAGCUAUUCUGAAGCUGCAGGAGGAAGGGAAACUUCAUAUGCUGAAAACGCGCUGGUGGAAGGAGAAGCGAGGCGGUGGAUCUUGCAGGGACGACACCUCGAAGAGCAGCUCGGCGGCGAACGAGCUUGGUCUGGCGAACGUCGGCGGAGUCUUCGUAGUGCUGAUGGGCGGCAUGGGUGUUGCCUGCGUGAUCGCAGUUUGCGAAUUUGUGUGGAAGAGCCGGAAAGUAGCCAUCGAGGAGCGGAAGCAGAAAUCGUCGGGGAAAUCGAUCUGCGAAGGUUUUACUGAUCUGCACUAG